UCUGCCGCGCUGCAUCUUGGGAAGAAGAAGGUGCUAGCACUGUGGCGUUCCGGUUAGUCCUUGACGUGAUGUGAAUUUUUUUCCUUCACAAUUUUCGGGACAUUUCCGUUCAAAAGUAAUAUUGGCUUUAAAGGUUAUCAUCAAACCUACGCUGAGGUUGUUUUAGUGCAACGCCCGUCGCGAACAUGGGAGCAGAUAAAAGGAUAAGUCGAACAGAGCGUAGUGGUAGAUAUGGUUCUGAUCAAUGCCGUGACGAAUCAGACUGGCGUGACAGGAGAGAGCGGGACCAGGAGCGUGAACACAACAUGCGCCGCUGGGGUGAUGAGAGACGUGGAGAUCGUUAUGAAGGAGAUCGUCGAGGAUCAAGAGACAGUCCUCCUGAGCAAAGAGAGAGGAAACGACGCAACAGUGAUAGAUCAGAGGAUGGUUAUCACUCGGAUGGCGACUAUACUGAGCAAGAUUACAGAAGGGAGCCGGGGGAGGAGAAGAAGAGUAAGACCAUCAUGCUAGGGGGUCUGGCGCCGCAUGUUGCUGAGGAUGAUAUUCGUUUUGCCAUAGACCAACUGGAAGGACCCCAGCCAGUGGAUGUCAGACUCAUGAAAAAGAGAACAGGUAUAAGCCGUGGUUUCGCCUUCGUGGACUUUUAUCACUUGCAAGAUGCUACCAGAUGGAUGGAGACCAAUCAGAAACGUCUCGUCAUCCAAGGAAAAGUAGUGGACAUGCACUACAGUCACCCUAGAAACAAGUAUGAAGACUGGCUGUGCAACACUUGUGGCCUGUACAAUUUCCGGAGACGGCUGAAGUGCUUCAGAUGUGGAGCAGCCAAAGCUGAAAUUGAAGCAGGCAAUAACGCUGCAGUCUCUGAAGCUCAACCCAGUGGAGAUUUUUAUGGCGACACUAUCAUCCUGAGAAAUAUUGCUCCUCUGACCACCAUUGAAGCCAUCUUGACAGCCCUGGCACCGUAUGCUAAUCUCUCAGCCAACAACAUUCGCCUCAUCAAGGACAAGCAAACAGGCCAGAACAGGGGCUUUGCAUUUGUGCAAUUGUCCUCUCCUCUGGAAGCAUCUCAGCUACUGACCAUCUUACAGGGACUACAGCCUCCCUUAAAACUGGAUGGAAAAACAAUUGGAGUGGAUUUUGCUAAGAGUGCUAGAAAGGACCUACUACUGCCUGAUGGGAAUCGUGUCAGUGCCUUUUCUGUGGCUAGCACAGCCAUUGCUGCAGCCCAGUGGUCAUCAACUCAGCCACAGCAGAGCUCGGAUGGAAUGUCAGAGUAUGCCUAUCUGCAAGAAGGCUACGCCCCACUGUCACAGGACUAUCACGCAUACUACCAGCAAGGACCAGGACCUAGCACCUCUCAGGGGAAUGGGAUCCUUGGAGCUGCUCCAGGUGUAAAGAUUGUUCCAGCUGCAGUCGGAGUUGUAAUAUCACAGAAUGCUCAAGUGUACCAGCCUCAUAUAAUUGCACAGCCUGCUGUUCAGGCAUUGCCUCUUCCCCACCACCUGGAGGCAAAACCCCAACCAGGACAUCUUUCAAGCAUUGAAGCUGCAUCUGUGCCAGGUGUUGCUGCAGGAGCCUGUAAUGCUGCCAGUACACAUUCAGUCUCUGGACAGACAUUGGACGCCAACGCUGGUGUUCCUGAUACUUCCACCUAUCAGUUCGACGAGUCCUCUGGUUACUAUUAUGACCCUCAAACAGGCCUCUAUUAUGACCCCAAUUCACAGUAUUACUACAAUGCUCAGACACAGCAAUAUCUUUACUGGGACAGUGAAAAGCAGACGUAUGUACCUGCCUCUACCAACACGAAUGCGGAACAAAAUGAUGAAACAGCUAAUGGCAGCAAGGGGCCUAAAGAAGGCAAAGAGAAAAAGGAGAAACCCAAAAGCAAGACUGCACAGCAGAUUGCUAAAGACAUGGAACGCUGGGCUAAAAGUCUUAACAAACAGAAGGAGAACUUCAGGAGUAGCUUUCAACCAAUUAGUCAAGAAGAAAGGAAGGAGGCCGCAGCUGCAGAUGCGGGGUAUACGCUCUUUGAAAAAAAGCAGGCCGGCCUAGACAGACUGAUGCAAGAGGUGUCAAGGAGCUCUGAAGAAGAGAUGCCAUUGAGCUCAGUCAGCACUUCUAAGUGUGGCCUUGUGGCGGCCUACAGUGGCGAUAGUGACCCAGAGGAAGGAGGAGCCGAAUUUGAUUUUGGCGAAGGACUCCAGGACAAACUGACAGACUGGAAAAAAAUGGCUUGUCUGCUCUGUAGAAGACAGUUUCCUAAUAAAGAGGGUUUACUUCGACAUCAGCAGCUCUCUGAUCUUCAUAAGAAAAACCUGGAAGUUCUCCGCAGAUCUAAAUUGACUGAAGCAGAACUGGAGGAGUUGGAGAGGAAAGAGAGUGAGUUAAAAUAUAGGGACAGAGCUGCUGAGAGGAGAGAAAAAUAUGGUAUCCCAGAACCCCCAGCACCUAAAAAGAAGAAAUUUAGCCAGCCAACACCUGCCAUCAACUAUGAACAACCCACUAAAGAUGGCCUCAACAGUGAUAAUAUUGGGAACAAAAUGCUGCAAGCCAUGGGCUGGAAGGAGGGAAAAGGCCUUGGCCGCAACCAGCAGGGUAUCACUGCUCCAAUUGAGGCCCAAUUAAGAACAAAGGGAGCUGGGCUCGGCACAAAAGGCACAAACUACACCCUCUCACCUUCAGACACGUACAAGGAUGCAGUCCGGAAAGCCAUGUUUGCCCGUUUCACUGAAUUGGAAUGAGUUAUCAUUGUCCAACUAGAUUUUUAUUUAAAGAUCUGUAAGUGAUCUAUCUUUUUGAGGUGAGGUGGAGCUCCAAUAUAUACCUCACAGGAACCAACAGAGACUAUCCUUAUAUUAUUUUGCUCCAUCUAUGAUCAAUAAUUGUUAUACCUCCUGCCACAAACCAGACGACAGAUAUCUGUUAAAUUGGCAUACUGAGAUAGUCGAUGAUAUAAUUUAUAGAUUGUAUAUAUGCACAGUGGGUUUUUAUUCCCUGGAUUACAUAGUCAUUUUUAUAUUUAUGGGCUUUUGCUUUUGUGUCAGCAAGUUGAGAAUGUAAAUUUUGUAUAAAAUCUUGUCUAAUUGUAAAGAAAAUAAAUGAGAAAACAUGUUUUA